AUGACAACGCAAACCAGUCCCACCGACCUACCUCAGGUAGAAGUUGAUCCACAGAUCGACAAUGAUUCCAGCUAUGGCGAUGAACUAUCAUCCUAUACGACUUCUCUGACAUCAUCGGUCCUCAACUACCGACACGAGAACGGCAGACGAUACCAUGCGUAUCGUGAUGGGACUUACCUCAUGCCCAACGACGAGAGCGAAUCCGACCGUCUCGACAUGGUGCAUGAGAUGGUGCUCACCAUGAUGCACAGGAAACUGUUUCUUGCGCCGAUCAAAUCUCCGCAGCGGGUUAUUGAUCUGGGGACGGGGACGGGGAUAUGGGCGAUUGAUUUUGUUGCGGACAGGCAAUCUAAUGAGUCUUUUGCGUGCUACAGGGUCCCACCCAAUGUGAAAUUCCUGGUAGACGACAUCGAAUCCGACUGGAUCUAUGAGCACCCAUUCGACUUUAUCCACGCCCGGUAUCUUGCGGUUUCGAUCAAGGAUUUCCCCAAGUUGAUUAGGCAGUGUUAUCGACAAACAAACAACCACAGGGUUAUCCACACGGUUAUUAACCAAUGUUCGUCAAGCAACACCAAACCCGGCGGCUGGGUCGAAUUCCAAGACUGGGACGGCUACCCUACCUCGGAGGACGACAGCAUCAAAGGCACCGCCCUGGAGCAGUACUACAACGAAGUCUACAGCGGGUUCGAAAUGCAAGGCUACGAGACAAGGCCGGGGAUGCGGCUGGAGCAAUGGUUCCGCGACGCGGGGUUUGUCGAUAUCCAUGUUGAGAGGUAUCGUAUUCCGCUGGGGACGUGGCCUAAGGAUCCGUAUUUUAAAAAAGUCGGCGCCUGGUGCCAAAUGCAGGCCGAAGCAGACGGUUUCGAGGCCUUCGCCAUGGCCGUCCUGACGCGUUUCAAAAACUGGACCAAGGACGAAGUCAUGGUGCUGGCUGCCAAGGCGAGGCAGGACACUCGCAAUCGCAAUAUCCACAUGCUGUUUAACUUGUGCGUAGAAUUCCAUUUUAUGGAGAGGUCUAUACUGAUGUCUGUCUGCUCGGAUCAUAGUUAUGUCGUGUAUGGACGGAGGCCGGAGAGAGGGAAAGAUACUACUAUGCCUGUCAGGACAUUGCGGAAAAGAACGGUGCAGUGA